CUUUUUUCGGAAAAGGGCCAGGCCCAUAAUAGUGGGCCUUCCAACCCAUUAACACAAAAUUCCGGGUAAAAAAGGAGAAAUUUUCUUCCCUCUCUCUGAAUUUUCCCUCCAAAUCCACAGUUCCCCUACGUUUCUCUCUCUAGUAAAAUCUCUUCAACCCUACCCCAACUCCAUUGGAGAUCAGCACACAAUUAACGCCUCCCAGGGAAAAAAGGUGCCACCAAAACUUAAAGUAAGUUCUAUAAAAUGGUGGUUAGGCCGUUGUUGCUAUAUGGUGCGGAGUGCUGGCCAGUCAAGAACUCUCAUGUUCAGAAGAUGCAUGUUGCGGAGAUGAGGAUGUUGAGAUGGAUGUGUGGACAUACUAGGAGUGAUAAGAUCAGGAAUGAAGUUAUUCGGGAGAAGGUCAAGUGUAGAUACAUGUUGUGGCAAGGAAGUGAAACUAUCAUUUGAGUUCUGUCGUCAUCUGGGGUUUUGAUCCUGAUAACUAUUCUGCACAGGACUGUUUGGGCUCGCAUUUGUUUUUACCAGAGUUUUUCUUUGUAUUGUUGCUCCAGAAAUCUAUCGUAGGAGGGCUUUAUAGACAAGGGAUCCAGAAUAGGUCAUCUUCCUUUUGUUAUUCUUUUGAAAGUUUCCCUCUUUUUUCUUUUUCUUUUACCUUUUUUGUGGUGGUGGGGGUAUUGGAAAGGUUUCUCUUGAAGCCUAGGCCUGAAGAUGGAAAUAGAAAAAUCACAACUUUAUGCUGAAGGAGGAGCGGAGGCAAUAUUAAAUGUUCAACCUAAUACAUCAAUCUCUAUUGCUUAUCACCAACACUUUGGUCUUCAUGAUGAUUUAAUGCUUCUUGAGCUUGAUGAGAAACUCCUACCUGAUAUCCUCAAUCAAAGAGUAACAUUAAGAGGGCAGCCAGAUGAGGAUGCAGUUCUCUGUAGUCAGUCAAAAACUUAUGCCAUUAAAUUUGUCGGAACUUCUAAUUCUGUAUUCCUUAUACCUCCUUCCAACCAAUCGAUCGAACUUGGAGCUUCACCAAACUCAAGUGAAAAUGAUCAUGACAAUUCGGUGGUUGCUUCUGUCAUCAAAGUAGUACCUGGCAGUAUGGAACUUGUCGAGGUUGCUCCUAGAUUGGACAAACUCAAAUUGCUUCUCUCAGAAAACCCUUAUGGUUUUGAUGAAGUGUCACAAAUGAAUACCGAAUUCACGCACAAAAACAGGGGCUUGUAUUCAUGGAGUGACCUUGUCGAAAAGGUGCAAGCCAGUGACGAGGAACUGUGUACAGGGUUGCGAGCUCUUGCAGCAGUAGAGAUAGAUGGAUAUUGGCGACUUUUAGAUGAGAACUUUGUGGAUGAGAUUCUGAACAUGCUUUUGCAUAAUGCAGUGCUGAAUGACUGGCUUUUAAGUGCUCUAAACGAAGAUGAAGUUUUGCCUGUGCUGGAAGCAGAUGGAUUUCCUCGCGAAAUAGUAAGGCACUGUUUGGGAGUUUAUGGAAGUAAGGUGGAUGAUGAGACUAGAGGAGGCUGUACAUGGAAGCUGGAAGAAAGGCCAAUUUGCGUACAUUUCGCUAGAGUAAUCCUAAGAGGGAAAAAAAUGAAACUUGAAAGAUUUAUGGAGGAGUGGAGAAAGAAAGUUCCAGAAGAGAUGAAUGAAAGUUUUGAUGUGCUAGAAGGAGAAGUUUUAACCGAAAAGCUCGGGAUAGAGACUCGGAUUUAUGCUUUUAGUGUUUCUUCACUGCCAUCAGUGCCUGCUGAACGGUUUUCCAAACUAUUCCAGGAGAAGCCAAAGUGGGAAUGGAAAGAACUGCAGCCAUUUGUCAGGGAUCUGAAGGUACCAGGACUUUCUUCAGAAGGUUUACUACUCAAGUACACUAGAAGAAGUCAACCAAGUGCAGAUGCUGAACCAAUUUUCAGUGCAAGAUAAUAUUUGUUCCACAGUUUGGAUGGCUUUCUAGAUUUGUAAAGAAGGAGAUCAUGUAAUGUAAACUUGAUUUUAGAAUUUGUUAACAAGUUUACUGUCUAGUUGCUUUGCCUCUGCAAUCAUUUUGGGAUAAUUCUUGUCUCGCUUGUUUUAAUGCAUGUAGCAGCUCCUUGGUUUAUUUACCUGUAACAACAGUAAGAAUUAUUAACCUCAUGGGAUUACAAUGGGUAUGUUGUUAUAGUAAGAACUAUACCAGGGAGAAGAAACUAUUGAGCUGCGUCCUGUGUUUUGGAGCUCAUUUGUUCAUCAGUACUAAUUUGCAUGUUAAGCCAAA